CUCUUUCUCCCUCUGCCGCGCUUCCUUCUCUCCGAGCAUAGGCCCCCUUCCCAUGCAUGGACACCCGCAGAGAUGUCUGUCACUCUGAUCGACCCGAAUGAUGUCCUGCUCGACUCCCCCACCUACCGGGUGAUGGUGUCGGAGAUUGAGAACUCCAACCAGCAGUUCUCCGAAUCCCUGACUGCCCUCCAGGCCCUCACUCAGCGGGUGGUUAAUCUCGAGAAGGAGACCAUCCUCGCCUACCAGGACUUCCACCGCGAGCUGACCAACCUGGUGCACACCUGCUGCGCAUCCGGCACCGACUCCGAUGAGGACACCACCAUCCUCGAUGCUUUCUCCCGCUUCGGCGAGAUCGCGCAGCUCAUCAUGCGCAACAAGGAUGACCUCGUCGUCUCCCUGGAGAAGUCUCUCCUGGGCUACUGCAAUGCCAUGAUUCAACAGGAGUUCAGCCCACUUGAAACCCUCAAGUCCAAUGUCCAGGCACAUUGCAACACCUAUGAGACCGAGGUCAACCGCCUCGCCAGCUGGAAUCACUCCAAGCGCCUGAAGGACAGCAAGAAGAUCCCGGAUCUUCUCCGCAAAAUUCGCUUCUCCCACUCCGAUUACUAUGCCACCUCUCUUGAGUACAUCGACCUCCUGAAUUACAUCCACUCAACCCGGCGCCAUACCCUCCUGCAGGCGGUUGUCAAGUACUGGGAUUCCCUCGACACCUACCAUUCCUCGGCAUACGCCGCUCUGUCCGACCACUCGGAGUAUGUGGCCUCCGUGUCGAUGGAGCUUCAGCAGGUCAACCACGAAGUCGAGCAGGAGCGCACCACCCAGGCCCAGCGCCGGCAGCGCUUCCUCGACACCGGCCUCCGCGCCUUCGAGCGGUAUAUCACCCCCACUCACACGUACCUGGAUCACCUGAAGCAGGCGGUCGGGCAUCUGAACCGCGGCACCGCCGAGGGGGUGGACCUGCCAUCCGUCGGCCUCGAGAAGGGUGGCUACCUGUUCAAGCGCGGCAGUGGCGCCAUUCGCCACUGGAACCGGCGCUUCUUCCAGAUCAACCUUCAUGACUACCGCCUGGAGUACAUCUCCCCCCGCAACAACGAGCCCACCACCGUCGUGGCAGUGUACCUGCGUGGGGCCACCGUCCGCGCGGUGGAUGUCAUGGACGACCGGGGCUACGUUUUCGAGGUCCACUCUGCUCCAUCUGGCGCCGGCAGCAGCACCAUCAGCUACUAUCUCCAGGCUCUGACCGAGGGUGACAUGUAUGAGUGGCUGUUUGCCCUGACUCGGGCCAUCAAAUUGGCCGAGAUGACCCUCGGCAAGCCGGAGUCCGACCCGGCCGGCUCGGCCCUCCGCCGCUCGGCCAGCAUUGCUUCUCAGUCCUCCACGGCCACCGCCCAGAGUUCCGAGUCCCGCAUGAUCGAGCGUCCCGAGGACCACGUCUACUAUAAGAUUGGCGACCUGUUUGUCAACCGGCCGACCGGGUCGGGUGGCGCGCGUCGGCGCCUGACCGGCCGCGCGCGGCCGGCCAUCCUCGGCGGCUCAUCCGGCAGCCAGGCCUCUCUGGAUGUCGGAUCCAACUGGCGCCUUGUCAAUGCUAGCAUCACCAAGGAGGGCCGGCUGGAGCUCUUCGAGUAUGACAAGGGCGGUCCCACCGGGUCCGGCGGCGAUACCGGCAGCCUGUCCAGCUUCACCGGGCUGACCAUUCGCCGGCCGCCCUCGGUCCUGACCCCGUCUCCCUCAUCGCCGCAGCUUCCGUCGUCGGCACUGGCGGCCGCCGGGGCGGCCGGGUCCGCCGAAGCCGGCAGCGAUUCCAUGGCUGCCCGGGCCACGCGGCCCGUGGCCGCAGUUGAUCUGUCCCAACUGAAGCGCUAUUCCAUCGCCUAUGUCCAUGACUCGAUCACCACCCGGCGGAAUGUCUUCUCCAUCUCCACCCAAGACAAGGGCACUCUCCUGCUGUCUGGGUAUAGCCCCAAUGACCGGGACGAUUGGGUCCUCAACAUGAAGACCUUCCUGCCGGCACGCGAGGUUUACGGCAAGGAAGACCUCCGGGCCUACUCCACCCUGUAUGUGGAUGUGCGCGAAGCGCGCAACCUCCCCUCCGGCGAGUACUAUUGCGAGAUCUUCCUCGGCAAUGAGAUGGUCGGUGUGACGUCCCGCUCACAGCGCGUCACUUCUCCCUUCUGGGGCGAGUCCUUCGUCUUCCAUGACAUCCCGGAGAUCGAGGGGGUGACCUUUGUUCUGCGCAGCCACCAGCGGCUGACGCGUGAUGCCGAAAUUGCCCGGGUCACCAUUUCCGAUGAGGAUCUCCACCCGGAGUCCAAUGCCCGGACCGCUGAUGCGGCCAUGCGCUGCCUGCCCUUCAGCCUGAGUGGCGGGGCAGCCGGCGGUGCCAGUGGCGGCCCGGCCGGCGAGCUCCGCGCCAGUGCCCGCAUCCUGCCCUUGACCAUUCUCCCGGUGGCCGAGUAUGACGAGAUGCUGGACCACCUGUACAACAAGGCCGACCCGCAGACCUUCUUCGCGCUGGCCCGCGCGCCGGAGCAGCUCGAGCAUGUGGCCGUCAACCUGACUCGCAUCCACCAGGCACGUGGCAAGGCCACCGAGUGGCUGAUCAGCAUUUGUGUGCAUGAGGUCCUCAAUGCCGACACCCUGAACACCCUCUUCCGGGGCAACUCCCUGGCCACCAAGGCCGUGGAUUACUUCAUGAAGCUGGUGGGCUUCGAGUAUCUGGACUCCACCCUCGGCCCCAUCAUCCGGGAUAUUUGUGCCAAGCCGCAGAACAACUACGAGAUGGACCCGCAGAAGCUCAGCAACCCGGAUGACGCGCGCAAGAACUUCGAGAAGGUCGAGAAGCUGGUCAACACCGUCUGGACGGCCAUCUACCAGUCGCGCUCUCGUUGCCCAUACGAGCUUCGUGUCCUCUUCAACUCGCUACAGCUGGCCAGUAUCGAGCGCUUCGGAUCGGAGACUGUCUCGGCCAAUGGCAAUGCCCCUCGGUACUCGGUGGUCAGCGCCUUCAUCUUCCUGCGGCUCUUCUGCGCGGCCAUCCUCACGCCGAAGCUCUUCGGCCUGGUGUCCGAUCACCCGGCUGACCGUCCCCGGCGGACGCUCAUGCUUGUGGCCAAGACCAUCCAGACUAUGGCCAACAUCGGCUCUUUCGAUGUCAAGGAGGCUUACAUGCAGCCGCUCAAUUCCUUCCUCCAGGAUAACACUCAUGGCAUGAUGGACUUCAUCGACUACGUUUCUAAACUCGACAACAUCGGCCCAAGCAUAGAGGCCUCGGUAACGUACCCGAUCGACCUGGCUCUGGAGGCGGCGCAUCUGCACGACUUCGUCUCCUCCUACACCAAGGAGUUCCGCAAGGCCGGUCUUCCCCGACUGACGGAGCUCCUCUCGAUCACUGACAAGCUGACUGCCGAGCUGCGUCGCCGGAAUCAGGUGUCCUUGAUGGAUUUCCUGAACUCUUCCAACUAGUGUGUAUGUGUGUGUGAGUGUUUAUAUGUGCAUGAUUUUAUAAGCUCAUCCACAUGUGCGCGCCUUGUCCCCGUUCCUUCUAUCUCUCCAUGCCACUACUCGUGUGUCCUCCUUCUUGUGUGCCCCCCCCCCCCCCCCCCCCCCCCCCCUCUUGUUGUGUACAAUCCAUAUACAUAUAUCCACCAUAAACAUCAACAACAAACCAAUGUCCCAU